GAGGCUGAGCCACAAACCCCUUUGGACACUCCCAGUUUUCUAAUGUCCUGAACUAAGUUAACAGUCCCUGGACUCUCCUUAAGUCAGAAUCUCAGAGUACAGGGCCAGCGUGACGUACACACCUCCCCAGACCCUCUCUCAAGACGGCCAUCCAGGCUCUUACCCCUCCGUAUCUGAGGCCCUUGCCGAGGGAGCCGUCCUGAAGGAUACUCACCUCUGGAGGUCUGAUUCAUAAUUUCCCCAGUGAAAUCUGUACUUUUGCAGCAAAUUUCCAUUGGCAUGAUUCAAGGAUAACAAUGGAUCCUGAAACCUCUCGUAUCCAAGAUGACCCAGAUGUCAAGUUGAUGGUGGCAGGAUCGACUCUGAGAAAAGUCAAGUCCCGUUCAUGGAAGAAGCAGCGGCAUUUCCGCCUCCUGGACGAUGGCCUGACGAUCUGGUACAAAUCCAGAUGGGCAGGGAAAUGUCACUCCACCUUCUCAGUGACCGAGUUGGAGGCAGUGCGCGAGGGCCACCAGUCGGAAGUCCUGCUGAGCAUUGCUGAGGAGUUCCCCGCUAACCUCUGCUUCACCUUGGUGUUUCACGGUCGUCAAGGCAACCUGGACCUUGUGGCGGAGUCUCCAGAGGAGGCCCGGGCUUGGAUCCAGGGAGUGCGCAAGUUAAUUCAGAAGGCUCAAAUGAUGGAUGAGAAGGAGAGGCUGGACCAAUGGGUCUGGGACUGGUUUCAGAAAGCUGACAAAAACAAAGAUGGGAAGAUGAAUUUCAAAGAAGUGCGGACACUGCUGAAGAUGAUGAAUGUAGACAUGAAUGAAGAACAUGCGCUCUAUCUCUUUACGAUGGCUGACAAGUCAGAGAGUGGCUCCUUAGAAAUCGAGCAGUUUGUCCACUUCUAUAAGAUGCUGACUCAGAGGGAUGAAAUAUGGAAAGUGUUCCAGGACUACUCUGGAGAUGGAGAGAAGUUAAUGUUGGAGGAGCUGGUGAGCUUCCUGAGGAUAGAGCAACAGGAAGGAGAGCAGAGUGCCCAGCAUGCCCAGGAGCUGAUUGAUCGCUAUGAACCAUCUGAGACAGCCAAGAAGCAAGGGGCCAUGUCACUAGACGGCUUCCAGAUGUACCUGUGCUCCCAGGAGAGCUCCAUAUUUAAACCGGAGCACCAGGGUCUUAACCAGGACAUGAGCCAGCCGCUCAACCACUACUUCAUCUCCUCCUCACACAACACCUACCUCCUGGAGGACCAGCUCCGAGGACAUAGCAGCAUAGAAGCAUACAUCCAGGCUCUGAAAAGAGGCUGUCGCUGUGUAGAGGUGGACUCCUGGGACGGCAGUGAUGGAGAGCCCGUUGUGUAUCACGGUCACACUUUCACAUCCAAGAUUCAAUUUAGAGACGUCAUUUCAACACUCAAAGAAUAUGCCUUCAAGACAUCAGAGUUCCCAGUCAUCCUGUCCCUUGAGAACCACUGUGGUGUAGAGCAGCAGACAGUCAUAGCUCAGCACCUCAGCCAAAUCUUGGGUGACACAUUACAGACCACCCUUCUGGAUGGACAGACCCCUCACCAACUUCCUUCUCCACAGGAACUGAAGGGGAAGAUUUUGCUGAAAGCCAAGAAGAUUGGUGGUCUAGAAGACUGUCUCGAUGAAACCCUGACAGAUGAGGUUAGCGAUGAGGAAGAGAUGACAAACGGUGAUGCUGAGAGCCCGUCUGCAGAAGACCCACCUGCUGAGUAUGGGAACGAAAAUGACAAGAAAUCCAAGUCCAAACUGUCAAGGGAGCUGUCGGACUUGGUGGUUUACUGCAAGAGUGUGCACUUCCAUGGCUUCAAGCACGCUUGUUUACACGGCAAAUGCUAUGAGAUGUCCUCAUUCUCUGAAUCCAAGGCCAAGAGGCUAGCUAAGGAAGCAGGGAUGGAUUUUGUGCAGUACAACACAAGGCAGCUGAGCAGGAUUUACCCCAGUGGCCUCAGGACAGACUCCUCCAACUACAACCCGCAGGACAUGUGGAAUUUGGGCUGUCAGAUAGUGGCUCUGAACUUCCAGACAGCCGGUCUGGAGAUGGAUCUGAAUGAUGGGCUGUUCAGGCAGAACCGCUGCUGUGGCUACGUCCUCAAGCCUGACUUCAUGAGAGAUGGCAACACUCAGUUCAGUCCAGAGAAACCUGCGGAGCGGCAAGGCUACAGACCACUCCGCUUAUCCAUACAGGUGAUAAGUGGACAGCAGCUACCAAAGGUGAAUCAGAAAGAGGGUUCUAUUGUAGACCCCCUGGUCAGAGUGGAGAUCUAUGGAGUGCCACAGGACCAGGCCAAGGAGGAAACCAGUCACAUUAACAACAAUGGUUUUAACCCAGUGUGGAACGAAACUCUCAAUUUCGUCAUUCACACCCCUGAGCUGGCCCUGGUUCGCUUUGUUGUGGAGGAUUAUGACAAGGCGUCCAGGAAUGACUUCAUUGGACAGUUCACGCUUCCAUUUAUAUGCAUCCAAGCAGGAUAUCGUCACAUACAUUUGCUCUCUAAAGAUGGAACAGCUAUCCCGCCCUCUUCCCUAUUUGUUAACAUCAGCAUUUCAGAGCUCACAUGAAGAGGUCAACUCUGCAGCCAGAGGUGGUCACAAGUCCAAUGUCUCCAUGAAUCUGACACGGGAUUUUAAUAUGUGAAUCUAGUACUUUAAUCUGGUUUUGAGCAUUUGCCAGGCUAAAGUAGGGUGUCAUAUGGAACAGUUUCCACAAACUUAAAAUAGCAAUCAGCAGGUAACAUGUCAGAAAUCAGACUUUGCUAUUUUAUUUUCAGCAUUAUUUACUGAAACAAAGAUGUUGGAAUUCUCUUAUAGAGGAGGACACUCUGCCAUUUGAUUCUAUCUUUUCAAUGGAAUUAUUAGUGAUCAUCAGUGACAAAGUAGGAUUGAUGUAUCUCCUUGAAGGCUAAUCUAUAAAUUUACCAAGAAAUUAGAAAACUACUAAGAAACAGGGACUGUCAUAACAGUCCACGUUGCCCACAAUGAAAAAUUUAAGUUAAGGUAAGAUGUCUGCCUGCAUUUAUUUCUGUUCUUAUGCCUAACGUGCAAUUCUACAAGUGAAGUCUUUAUGAUUUAUUUCCCACAAGCUUUAUAAUUGUAAUUAUAAUAAUAUCUUGUAAUGUAGGAAAAUGAAGGAUUGCUGCAUGUGUAGAAUGUCUAAAUAUACCCGUUUUCCUUUAAAUGUAGGCCUACUGUACAUCCAGAUGUAACAGUCCCUUUGAAAUAACUGAAAGUGUCCACAUUUUUAAAAUGCAAUGAUAGAAUAUGAAAUAAUGCUACAUAUCAGUAUUACAAAUGUAUUAUUAUAAAGUACUCAUAGCUUUGCAUCAU